AUGGAAAAUAAAGAAUCAAUUAUAAUAGACAAGAAUAAAAUAAAAGCGAAUGAUAUUCAUUUAAAUAUAAAAGAAUGGAUUACAAGCAUAGAAGAUUGUGAAGCUUUUUUUAGAAAUAGAAAAAUAAUGUAUUUUUCUGAUUAUUUAUCUAAAUUUGAUGAUGAUAUAAAAAAUAAAAUAGAGAACGAAGAAAUAAUUAUUAUAUGUACUGUUGUUAAUAUACCAUAUAAAGUAAGAAAAUAUAAUGAAGAAAAAUAUAUCUUUUGGGAUAUCUCUGAUUUAAAAGAAACACAAUCACGAUUAUUUUUAUCUGGGGAAAUUUGUGAAGAAAAUGAAAAUGAAAAAGAAGGUGUUGUAGUUGCUUUAAUUAAUCCUCUGAUGAAAGAAAAAGAUCCUCAAUAUUAUAAUUCAAGAAUCUUAGAAAUACACAAGAAAAAUAAUUUAAGAUUAAUAGGUUUAAUUGAUGGAUUAGAAAGAUGUAAAGGAAUAACAAAAAGUGGUAGUAACUGUAAAAUAACACUUUAUGCCCCAUUAUAUGGAUAUUAUUGUAAAUAUCACAUUAAGCAAAAUAAAACACAUAAGAAGAGAAAACAAAUUAAUAAUGAAAAUGAUGAAAAUAAAAAUGAUGAUAAAAAAUGCAUAAAAAGCAUUGACAUUGAUACAAAAGAUAGUUUAAAUAAUAAUGAUAAUUAUAAAAAAAAUAGUAAAAAGAAAAAAGAAGAAAAAGAUAUUGAUACAGAAGAAUAUUUUGAUGUAGAAUCUAUUAUAGGAAUGUAUAGUAAAAAAGUAGUAGCUAAAGAUAAAAAAAAAAAAAUUGAAAUAAUUAAUAAAAGAAUAAAAGAGUUAGAUGAUUAUGCAAAAUUAAACAAGAAUGAAAACUAUUUAGAUGCUAUAAAAAAUGAUACUAUGAAACAAGAAUGUUCAACACAAAAAUCCGUCAAUGAUAUAUUUUCAGAGCAAUGUCCAGAGCUUAUAUAUUUGAUUAAUAAAUCAAAUAAAAUAACUGAAAAAGAAGAAAAUAAAAAUGAGGAUUUAAAAAUGAAAGAAGAUAUAAAUACAAUAAAUGAAAAUAUUGUUUCAUAUGAGGAAAAGCAAAAAAGAAAAUUUGAAAAUUUUUUAAGUAAAUUAAUUGAAUUGCAAAAAUCUAAAGAUGAAAAUGACAUGAAAACAUUGUUAAAAGGUUUAAUUUAUGUUACUAACAACUUUAAUUUUCAUUUAAAACAUAUAGAAAACUCAAAUAUAUUCGAUAUUUGUUAUAAAUUAAUGGAUCAUAGAAAUGAAGAAAUUGCAAUAGCAGCUCUAAAAUUUAAAAGGAAAAUUAACAAUUUAUAUAUUGAUUAUUACAAAAAUAGACUUAAAAAACAUAAAGUUGAAACAUCAGGAGACAAAAAUAAUUGUUAA